AUGGAGAAGAGAAUCGAUUUCAUCCAUGAGAGUCUUGGAAACAAAUCUGAAGUCCUAUUCAAGCAAGUGAUCAAGCUUGAUGAAGACAUUAAGAAGCUUAGAGAAGACCAUGAUCGAUCUCUAACCUAUACAAGAGAGAGAGGAGUCCAACACCCAACCUCCCUCCCUUUUUGCUGCAAGCCAUCAAGAAGAGGCAACAAUCGCCAAGUCCAUGAGGACAAUGAAGAAGAAGAAAGAGAGUAUGAGGAACAACUUGAUGAUGAAGAUGAAGAGCAGAGCAUCGACAUCAAUGCUUCUCCAAAACAGAGCAAGGAUACACCUAGCCCUGACCCUCGUUUCUCACCACCACCACGAAGUCAAGCUUCUGAGCUUCCAAGAUUGGAAGUGAUGCAAAGACCACCACCUACUGAAGAAGAAGAUACUUGGCUAUGA